AAAGAUGUCGUUGAACUACUCCCAAACCUUUUCUUAGGGAUAACAGUCGAAGUGGUUUGCUCAAACAGCAGGGCAGGGAAGAGAGGGAAUGAAUUUGAAAUCGUGAGAAAGAAAGCAUCGUGCAUAUGCCAUUCACCUACCAGAUUCGAUGUGACAAAACCAAUUCGAACACUCUUCCUCAACGCCACAGCUGUGGCUGGUGAUCUUUCACAGGCGAUGAAUGAAUGGUUUUUUAAGCCUAAUGUGAAUGUGGUUGUUAAAGAGGAGAAGACCAGAGAGUCAUCAUCAACAACAACAAUAGAAACAACAAAUAGUGUUGAUGACUUGCCUCCUAUUGUGUUGGUGCAUGGAAUUUUUGGAUUUGGCAAAGGGAGAUUGGGAGGUUUAUCAUAUUUUGCAGGAGCAGAGAAGAAAGAUGAGAGGGUCCUGGUGCCUGAUUUGGGGUCUCUAACUAGCAUAUAUGAUAGGGCACGUGAAUUAUUUUAUUAUCUGAAAGGUGGGCAAGUUGAUUAUGGAGAAGAACACAGCAUGGCUUAUGGGCACUCACAAUUUGGAAGGAUUUAUGAACAAGGGCACUAUGCUGAAUGGGACGAGGAUCACCCUAUUCACUUUGUUGGGCAUUCUGCUGGAGCGCAGGUUGUUCGCGUACUGCAGCAAAUGCUUGCUGAUAAGGCAUUCAAGGGGUAUGAGAACACUUCUGAUAAAUGGGUGUUAAGCAUCACAUCCCUGUCUGGAGCAUUCAAUGGGACUACAAGGACUUACUUAGAUGGGAUGCAGUGA